CGCGAACGACCAGGUUCGUGCGUGAUGACUUUUGCUUUGUGCUCUGCCUUUGUGAAUGCCAGUCCAAGUCCUACCGUUGAUUACAGAUUGAGCGUGUGCUACGUAUAAUCGAACGCCUGUCCACUCGUCAUUGUGUACCCUGAUGUCGGAAGACACAUUGCUCUCACACUUCACGGUGCUUGAUGACCUCAUCCAGGUGAUCUACCAAGGUCACCUCAAAUUUGUCGUGCUCUCAGAAGCAGAUGAGGACUCCGGGUGGUGCGUGCACGUUGGUCUGACAAGUAGGAAUAAGGAGGGGAGGUGGUGGAGGGGACGGUGGACUGAGGGAGAUGUCGAGAAGAUCAUCGGCUCGAAGAAGGCUAUGAAAGUUGCGGAAGGGCUGGCACAGGAGUUGAAGGAUGCUAUCACUUCGGGCUUUCUUUCGAUAUCGAACUGGAGCUCGAGUCCAGGGGCCGAGAUUGAUUUGACGUUGAGCCCUACCAACAAACAGCAACAUUCCGUCUCGUUGACUGAACUCUCAGCGGCGGAAGCGGCGGCACAUGCCGCGGACGUUUUCUUCCGUAUCGCUCUACAGGCUCAGAAACGCGGUUGCCAACUAGAGCCGUCAGCGGCCCCCGCGUUGCCCUUGCCUACAUUUGAACCUACGAGGACCAAGACGCUUCUGAAUGUUGCCACCGCGAGUGGCGCCCCCUCGAAGUCCCCGAGGAGGGUGGAACCUUCGUCGAGUAUGAGCUCCAUGGUGGAUCCUGAAACAGCGAAGGAGAUUGAGCAGCUCAAGACGAGACUCGCCCAUGCCGAAGCCGAGAAUGCAAAAGGGCAGAAGAAGCCCGACGGCAAAUUUGAAGCUAAGCUCAAGGCUAGAGGAGUCGCUGCCCCUCGGCCGCCGAAGGGAUCGUCCCUCGCUAAUCCGAAUAAGAGGGCCCGCAAGAUCACAAAGCUCGAGUUUGAAGAUUCGGACUAACAUUAGUCGCCAGUCUGGAGGACGGAAGCUUAUUCGCCUCGGAUCUUCACGGACCCCUAAUGGAACAGAAUCGACGUCAGACAACUUGCAAAGUGAUGUAUUACAGGAACCCCUGUUUGUCUUCAUUCUAUGAAUCGUAUUAAGGUACAUAUAGCUACUCCUAAUCCCAGAACUCGCCACGUCGUUGUAGCCGUCUAUUUUCCUCCCAAUGCUGCGGAACUACUUGACGACCAAGCCAUCAUGAUCAAUCCGG